AUGCGAAAGUUUUUUAACAGGCUGCAGAAAGGAAAGUCAUCAAGAGAAAGCAGUCAAAAUACACCUUUAGGAAGCUAUGAAAGCUUGAAGAAUGUAACUGAUGGGAAUAUAAAAUCUGUCCAAAACUACUUAGUGGAUGAGAAAGACUUACCAAAAUUACACAAAGCAGUCUGGAAAGAAGAUUUAAAAAAGGUUCGUAACCUGGUGAGAAGAGAGCCAAUGACUUCUGAUAAGGAAAAUAGGACCCCCCUUCAUUAUGCUUGCUGUAAGGGAAAUGAAGAUAUUGUUCGCGAGUUACUAGAAUUUAAUGCAAAGGUCAAUGUAGUUGACAAAAACUUUCAAACACCAAUCAUGAAAGCAGUUCAAGGUGGAUUUGUCAAGUGUAUUACAUUGCUAAUGGACUACAAGGCUGAUCUUACCUUGGAGGACGCAAAUGGAAAUGCAACGAUACAUCAUGCUGUAAACAGUUCUUCUGCGGAAAUCGUUUCACUUCUGAUAAAAGCUGGUGUUUGUAUCAAUACUCACAACCAGGAUGGAAUGACAAGCCUCCACCUAGCAGUAGAAAAGCAAGAUGUGGAAAUGGUUAACUUUCUUUUAAAGAACGGUGCUGACGUCGACUGUGUAGACAAUUGUGGAAGAUCGGCUCUUAUGCUUGCUUGUUUAAAAGGGGACAAUAAGAUUACUGAAACCCUAAUGAAUCAUGGAGCCUCUACUAAUCUGAAAGAUAAAGAUGGUUAUACGGCAUCAGAGUUAGCCUUACAAAAAGGUUAUAUAGAAUGUCAACGAAUAAUAUCCAUAACAGAAAAAACAAAAAAUGAUACUAUAAAUUCCAAUCAUCAACAUAUAGUGACGUUAAUGAUGAAUUUUCCCAUAGAUCUGAUCAAUUAA